UGAGCUGCUGUGAGUGAACAGUGGAUGUAAGCUGCUCUGUGAUUGGCUGAUGAAGCUCUUGGAUCUGCAGAGCUGAGGCGUUACCCACAAUGCUCCUCUGCAGUGAAGCCUCACAAAGUUUUUAUAUCUGUCUGAUUGGUCCAAACCCUGACAGACAGGUGGAGGUGUUGCUGUUUCACUGUGAAGUUAAGCUUAAUAGUUAUUAAAUGUUGUCCAUGAUGUCCUGCCGACGAGAUUAUUAUUAACUGUCUUAAUAUCGCUGCAUCACUUUAACUGUGUGCUUCUUGCCUCAAGCACAUUACUGCCCAGGCUGUGCUUCUCUCUCUCUCUCUGCUACUGUCUCUCACUGCAGGGUUCUGCCUCUGGAGCUGGAGAGUCUCCUGCUGCUCCCAUGAUCCAGCUCAACCCAUGAUGCAACAAUAAUUAAACAUUUACUAGUGUUAUUGAUAGUGUUAGUGCUAUUAAUGUACCAUUGUUUGUCAUUAUUAUUCCUUUAGCUGUAAUAAUAAUUAUUACUAUUAUUAUUAUUAUUAUUAUUAUUAUUAUUAUUACUACUACUACUAUUUACAUUUUGACUUAGUCUGUGUAUCUGCAAUGUUGUCUUUCUCCUACCCCCAUUCCCCCACCCCCCUCUCUUUCUGUUUAAACCCAACCGGUCGAGGCAGAUGGCCGCCCACCCUGAGUCCGGUUCUGCUCGAGGUUUCUGCCUCUUAAAAGGAAGUUUUUCCUUGCCACUGUCUCCUAGUGCUUGCUCAUGGUGGAUCUGUUGGGUUUCUCUCUGUAAAUCUUAUAAGAUAAAGAGUACGGUCUAGACCUGCUCUAUAUGUACAGAGCCUCAAGAUGACUUCUGUUGUGAAUUGGCGCUAUAUAAAUAACAUUUGACUUGACUGGAAACUCGGAUUUAACUUAUACUCACACACAAACGCGCACACACGUGAUCCUCUGAGUCAGACAGUUAAGCCGUGCACGUGAGUGUGCACGUGACCUCUGAUCAUACAGAUCGGCUGAGCUGCAGAUUAGCGUGUUAGCUCUGUUUGGUAUGCAGCUGCAGAGAAACACGUCUCUGUCACAGCAGCAGUCUGCUAACAGCGCCCCCUGCAGGCAGCAGCUUUACACUACAGGACAGUUUAAUCUGCCGUAGCUUUAACCUGAACUCAGAGUCUUCAUCAGUGGAGGAUGUUGUCACCUGACAGUCACAUGAUCACAGCUGGUUCCUGAUUCUCUCUCUUUCUAUCAUGUGAGCUGAUCUUCCUCAGCAGGAGCAGUUGAUGUCUCAGUCUGAACCAAGGUAUUGAGCUGAUGUCAGUGAACAAAGUGAGUUUCUAACUCACCUGUGACAAGAGUUGACAGGUAAGAAGCUGAAAAGUCUGGGUCUCAAUGAUCCAGGUCCAGGUCCUGGUUUUCCAGGAGGGGCUGAAUCAGACUGAAGGAUUCAUUAGACGACCUGUGGAUUUAUCUGCUGCUCCUCCUUCUACAACCACAUCUGGAAUCAAGUUUAACAAACCACCACAGUUCAUUUAUGAGUUCUGGAGCCUAUCGACCACAGUAUCCAGCCUGGAAAGACCUGGAAAAAUCAGAGAACCUGGAGUUAAUCUUCUUAUGUUGAUGAAAUAUUUCUGUUUUACAGCACAUAGAUUUUAUUUCUGAGCAGAGACGACGUGUUUGUGUGAGUGGACUCAUUCAUCCUGAGAUUAGUGUGUGUGUGUGUGUAAUCUGUUGGACUGCCGGUAGUUCAGCAGCAGCUUGUGUUUCAGGAUGAAGUCUGCUGCUCUGUUUCUGCUCCUCUCCUGUUUGUCUCUGGUCGUCGGUCAGGGACGAGCGGGGGAUGUCAGUGCCGAGCUCCACGUCCUCUGGGACGAGCUGCAGGGGCUGAAGGAGCUGGUCCUGAGCCUGAAGGCGGAGGAGGUGGAGCGGCGUCAGGCCCUGCGGAGCAUGGAGAGCCGGCUGAGGGACGGAGAGGUGGAGGCUGAGCGGCAGAGACGGAGCCUGGACGGACUGACAGAGACGGUGAGGGGUGAUGAGGAGAGGAUGGAGGCGGACAGGAAGCUGCUGACGGAGCUGAACUCAGACCUGAGGAGGAAGGUGGAGGAGCUGGAGGAGCAGAGCAAAGCCCGAGCUGUAGAGUUUUCAGCUGAACUGUCGACGCUGCGGUCUGGACUGAACGCCAGCAACAGCUCAGUGGAGACUCUGAGGAGGAGGAACACAGCUCUGGCGGCGGAGCUGCCGUUCCUGCAGACGAGACUGAGGGCGAGCGAGAGCACAGUGGAACAGCUGAGGAGGAAGAACGCAGUUCUGGCAGCCAGGCUGUGUAACACUGAGAGUCUGAUGGAGGAGCUGAGGAGGCAGAUCUCAGCUUCAGCUUCAAACAGCUCGUCUGCGUCUGAGAGUCAGCUGAUCAUCCGUGUGGAGGAGCUCAACGCAAACUCUGAAGCACUGCAGAGUCAACUGAACUCACUGGAGGAGAAACUGAACUCGUCUCAGAGAGAGGAUCAAACUCGUCGACUGCUUUCUGUUGAGAGUCGACUGGAGGACGCAGAGAAACACCUGGACCACCUGCAGGCCAAACACACAGGUCAGUCAGAGGAGGUCUCAGCUCUGAACCACAGACUGAGCGUUGGUGAGCAUCGACUGGACCAACUGCAGACACAAACCACAGCGCUCAGCAGCUCGUCCGCUCUGGAAGAAAAUCUGUUGACUGUGAAGAGUCGACUGCUGCACCUGGAGACAAACAACACAGAUCAGACAGACAGACUGCUGCUGCUGGAGAGCAGAGUGAUGAGAGGAGAGAGAGAGCUGCAGGAGCUGAGGGGCGAUCAAACAGCUCAUUCGGCUGAAGUCUCUGCUGUGAAGUCCAGACUGACAGAGACUGAGACACAGGCUGCAGUUGAGGCUGAUUCAGUGGAGCAGCUGCAGGUCAGACUGAACUCUGCAGAGAAUCAGAUACAGCAGCUGCAGACUGACAGAACAGAUCAAACAUCCAAACUGAUGAACCUGCAGAGAAAACUGAACUCGACAGAGAGUCUGAUGGACAAACUGAACUCUGAGCUGUUGAGCCGACUGAGAGUCAGUGAGAAAUAUCUGGAAGAUUUGAAGACAGAGAACAAAGUUCAGUCUGUUCAGUUUUCUGUGACGGAGUCCAGACUGUCAGACAUCAGCAACAACACGACAGAGCUGUUUAGCCGACUCAGAGUCAGUGAGAGACAUCUGAAGGAUCUGAGGACAGAGAACACAGAGGUUCAGGUCAGACUGAGAGUCAGUGAGAAACAUCUGGAGGAUCUGAGGACAGAAAACACAGUUCAGUCUGUUCAUUUUUCUGUGAUGGAGUCCAGACUGACAGACAUCAGCAACAACACUACAGCUCUGGAAGUCAGACUGAGAUCCACUGAGACACAUCUGGAACAGCUGGAGACUCACAUUGCAGGUCUGGAGGUCAGACUGAGAGUCAGUGAAAAACAUCUGGAGGAUCUGAGGACAGAAAACACAGUUCAGUCUGUUCAGUUUUCUGUGAUGGAGUCCAAACUAUCAGACAUCAGCAACAACACUACAGGUCUGGGGGUCAGACUGAGAGUCAAUGAGAAACAUCUAGAGGAUCUGAGGACAGAAAACACAGUGCAUGACGCUGAACUGUCAGCUGUGAGUCUCAGACUGAACGUCACUGAGGAACAGGUGGACGAGCUGAGGACACAAAGCACAGUGCUGCAGAUCCGACUGACGGCUGACGAGGCUGUGCUGAACGAGCUGAAGGUGAAGACUGAAGUUUUAGAGAAACAACAGAGCAACUCUGACAGUCUGAUGAUGGAGCUGCAGACUCAACAUUCAGAUCUGGAGGUCAGACUGAGAGUCAGUGAGAAGCAGCUGGAGGAUCUGAGGACAGAAACCACAGAGUUGAGCUUCAGACUGAAUGUGACCGACGACCGUCUGCAGCAGAUCACAGACACCAACUCAGAUGAGCUGAAGGUGGCGUUUUCAGCCGGUCUGACUGACUCAGGAUCAGUGGGACCGUUUGAUGAGGAGACCACUCUGAUCUUCUCUAAAACCAUCAGCAACAUCGGCCGAGCCUACGACCAGACGGCAGGUGUGUUCACGGCUCCUGUCAGAGGUGCUUACUUCUUCAGCUUCACAGCUGCAGAUUACAUGAAGGGCUACAUGGGUCUCUAUCUGUAUAGGAACGAACAGCCCGUCAUCUUCAACCUGGAUCUGAACGACCAUGGUGGCUACGCCUCCACAUCUAACAGCGUGGUCCUGCAGCUGGAGGAGGGCGACCGGGUCCACCUCAGUCUGCCGGCCAGCUACCGGCUCUACGACGACUCCAGGAACUUCAGCAUCUUCUCCGGAUUCCUGCUGUUCCUGCUUUGAUAGGACCGGGAUCAGAGAAGGAGUGAGACAUCCUCUGAACAAUAAACUAUCCUCUCAUUUAUCAGACUGGAA